AGGGGUAAACCUAUCAUUUACCUGGAGACGAGACCCUCCUGCAAAGCGCAGACAUUAACAUUGCAGUUUUCGGUCUCUGACACCACUGAAACUUGAUGUUGCUUGGAAGAGCCAGCCUGUUUGACACGGGCUUUUGUUGUCGUCAGCUCUCCACCCCGGCGUCUGAAGGCAAAGCGGGCUAGUCCCAGAUAGGAAUAGUGGUUGCGUCAGCCUUGGCCGUUUGUGCACGGGAACAGCCCCCCCGAGACUCCGUAUCUCGACUCCAUCUGAUACAUGACUGCGUCUCACCCACCUUUCCAUCUCUUUUGCUAUCUUCUUCAUCCCACCCACGCCUUUUCUAUCGCCAGUGAGGGUUUUGAACAACUUUUCGGAACACUGCCUGCUCACCUUUGCCUAUUUUCCCUUCUCAUGCGCCCUUUUUAAACCGUUAUCGCCAUGACGCUCCGUUCGUUCCUUCUUGGGGGCGCCCUCGCGCUUACCAGCGCAAACGCCAUGCUGGUUGUCCCAGAUGUCGACGCUGAUGCCGUUGCCAUCCCUGACGAUGUCGCUCGUCUUCACCCCAUUCAAGCCCAGGCGGCACAGCAGCAGAAAGUUGAUCUUGGCUGCGCCGAGUGCCCAUUUGCCAUCAAGAGUGGUGACGAAACCGCACUGUCGCUGAAAUUCACCAUCGAUGAUGGUCUUCUUUUGGCCAAUGACCACCAAAUCUUCCCCCCUGCCCCUCCAUCGCCGAUCGCGGCUGUUCAGCGUCACGUACAGGAUGGCGAAGAAUCGGAGCCCAUCCCGUUGGGCUACGCCGUCGAAAUGAUGCCGCUCCCGUCUCCUCCAGAAGAGCCGUUUGACAUGGUGGAGGUUCGCUUCACUGUUCUCGACCUCGAUGGCUACCCCGUCCCAUUGGACACAGUCGCCAUCACCCUUAUCCACGAUGCCGAAGGCACCUUAUACAUGGCUGGAACCGAAAUCGAGGAGACUGCCGACCAUGAAUCUUGGAGGAAGUGCAGUGGAAAGCCCAAGUGCCUGAGACGGUUCCUGGUUCACCGCAUCCACUCGAUGUUCGCGGCGGCCAAGGAGCGCCUUACUGGAAUGUUCAAGGGCCAGGGUUGUUCCGACGCUGGUGCCCUCCCUCCUCCUCCCUUCCCUCCGCACCACCAUGGCGACUUUGACCGCCUCUCUCCCGCCGAGGGACACCGUGGUCACCACGGCCCUCACGGCCCUCACCCUCCUCCCCACUUCAACCACAACUUCCACAAGACCUGGGAACGUACUCUGCACCGCGUUAUGCGCUUCAUCGUGGUCCCUGCCAUUCUUGGUGUUCUGGCCGGUCUCGCCGCUAGCGUUUUGGGUAUGCUGGUCGGCCAGCUCGCCGUCUUCAUGUGGCAACGCUACCGCCGUAACGACCGCAAGGAAUCGGCUGAAGAGGGAUCCGUUACCGAAAAGCAAGGUCUGAUGAGCGAGUCUACCAAUGACCUUCCACCAGCGUACACCGAUGAUGAAGUUGCUGCCGAGCAAACUGCGGGCAAGGCAUAAUUGAUUGGUUGAUGAUGAUGGGAGUAGGCGUCGCCCGAAAUGGCAUGGAAAAGAUGUGAACGCCUAAAUGGAGGCCGGGGCUCUGGCUGCUGGACGGGAAGAGCUUUGGACGUGUGAACUUUGUUUCGCAAAGAGUAACCCUGACAUGGUUUCGUGAACUCGAAUUUGAUUCGUUCUCAUUCUCUUGACUGCCUCUUGUUAUAACAUUUUUCUUAGCCGUUCCCUAUUCAUUCCCU